GAGGUGUUUGAGUUUGUAUUUGUCUGUCACUGGAGCGAGUGCUGGUGUUUGCGGUUUGAUAGGAGGAGUUUAACGGCUCAUAUAAGAGCGUGUGUGAGAGUUUCAGAUCCCACAGGAUUCACAGCAAACCUCAGCGAUAUGGAGAUGAAGCUCAUAGUGGUUGGGAUUUUACUGUUCGUCACCUUCAGCGCCGUACAAGUUUCAGGUGUCACACCCAAAUGUUGUGUUCAAACGACUCCAAAGUUUACUAAGGAGAUGCUGAAUAAAGUCACCAAGUAUGAGCGCCAGACAAACCACGGCGUCUGCGCCAUCAAUGCGCUCGUUCUUCACACUAAUGAGAAGCGAUACUGCUUGAUGCCCACACUGGAGCCAUACCUGAAGGUACACCUGAGGAGGCAUAGGCGGCAUGGUUUGAAAAACGCCUGAAUGGACGAGAUCUGGACAAACGUUUGAACUUCACUCAAAAAAAGCCUUCGUGAAAGCAUUUACUCAUUGUCUCUGUUUGCAUAUUUUUCUACAUCUUCAAAUAAAUUCAGUGAACUUGCGUAUGUAGCUGCUCCAGUUUUAAAACUGCUUUCUUGUAACAAAUGUUUUCUGAUAUUUCAGGUGUUUUAAAAUGUUUUAUGUUUGUGCUUCAAGUAUGAGAAAGUCACAUAAACCAAAUGUUUUACUUUACAAGGUAACACAGUUUCUUGUAUCUGAAUUAAAGAGUUGUCAGCUUGA